AUGAGUACACCACUUCCCCAAGACGUUAUUAUUGACAUCUUAGCGCGUGUACCAAGAUGCAACUAUCCAAGACUCUCCCUCGUUUCCAAGCACUUCGGAUCACUUAUUGCAUCGCCUAAGCUCUACGCUAUACGAUCAUUGUUAAGAUGCACGGAACACUGCCUCUAUGUUGUCCUCCACAACAGAGAAACUGGCGGAGAUCAUCGUUGGUAUAUUCUCCGACAAAAAAACAAAGACAAUCCCCGCUUGGUCCUUAUCCCUUCGCUUCCCGUUGCGCAACUCGAUGCAAGCUAUGUCGCAAUGGGCUCGAAGAUAUACGUGUUUGAUAAGAGUAAGACUAAAGAUGACAGUGUGACUACAAAUGUGUUGAGCAUCCACUGUAGAUCUCACACGGUUCAACAUCUCCCAAGCAUUGAUGUACACGUAUAUACUACACUCGGUGACGUCAUCAACGGGAAAAUCUACGUACUUGGAUAUCAGUAUCGUAAUACUAACUCGAAGAAGGUGAUGGUGGUGUUGAAUACAGAAACACAAACGUGGGAGCCUAUGAUGACAAUGCCAGAGACGAUGGUGUAUUACACGUGGCCUUCUAGCUGUGUGAUGAUGGAUGGUAAGAUGUAUUUGAGGUGUUCUAAUAAAACCUUUGUUUAUGACCCAAAGGAAAAUAGAUGGGAAACGGACGAGAAGCUGGAUUUCUGGAUGAAUCCGUGCGUCGUUGCUGAUGUUAUGUACUGCUAUGAUUCUGAUGGGAACGUGUUAAUAAUGUAUGAUCCAAAGCAAAGGCGCUGGGGAAAGGUGAGAGGUCUGGAAGAAUUUUUGGCUGAGACGAAAUCAUGCUCAACAUUUUCAUGGACGGGCAUAGUGGGUUACGGUGGAAAGCUAGCUUUGUUUUUUCCUAAAGAAGGAGUGACAAGAGAGAUCUGGUGUGCGGAGAUUUCACUGGAAAGACAAGAAGGAGAAGGGACUUGGGGUAAAGUUGAGUGGUGUCAUCAGGUUAUGGUUGCUCGAAACUUUGACGUUAACAAAUGUGUUGCUGUUAUGGUUUGA